GACAAAAAAUGGAACACAACAGCAGUGUGGGGAGACCUGAAAGUGGCACAUGGCAUGGCAGAGUGUGGCGAUGGAGACAGCAGCAAUGGGAGGCCGUACAGGGACCCAUGACACACUCUGGACCUGGCAGCAGCAAGAGGAGGAGGUACAGGGGCCCAUGGCAGAUUACGGGCCUGGCAGCAGCAAUGGGAGGCCCGUAAUCUGCCAGCACCCUAUGACAAAAAAUGGAACACACCAGCAGUGUGAGGAGACCUGAAAGUGGCACAUGGCAGAGUGUGGCGAUGGAGACCAGCAGCAAUGGAGGCGGUACUGGGACGCAUGAGACAAUGGGGACCUGGCAGAAGCA